UAAAAUCGCACUUUCUAAAAAGCCGGUUGCCUGCAAAUUCCGGAUACCUUGUUAGUUUGCUAGUUGAUACAUUUGGUGGUUAAACUAGCAGGAUAAAGUUUGAUUAUAAGUAGUCUUUGCUGCAGUCAGUCACAGAGAAGUACUAGGGAAGCUAUCGUUAUUUAACAAGCAAAUAUGUUUGGCUAGCUAGCUCUUGAAGUGGAUAGCUAGCUAAGCUAGGCUAUUGGAACCGUAAGCCAAUAAUGUAACGUCAGAUUGCUUUUAUUUGGUGUAGCUUUAGGUGUUAGGAUAUGUUUGGAAACGGCACUGAUCCAAAAAUAUUGAAACUAUCUACACUAGCCCACUACAAUAACUUGAUGGGUUACAGAUGGUUUGCGAGGUAGCAGUUUGCAGAGUUGCAAUUUGCUUUGGAUAACCACCGAAGUAACUUUCAAACGAUAGCUGCUAGGUAGUUACACAAACCGUUUUUGCCGGACAUAGAAUUAACAAUCAGCAAAUGGCAAAAGUUAGCGGUUAGCUUGCUACCAUUGACCGGUGAAGGAAGCACAGCUGUUGACGAUGACCCUGGAUGGCGACACUGACGGUAUCUGGAGUCCGUGGUGACUUGAAAGAGGGGCAGUGGCAAGUCGGGGACAGAUGCCUUGCUCCACACCCAAGGGAGAAGCGGCUCUGUGAGGGCACGGUGCAGCGGUUAGCUGCCACCGGGAAAGGUGAUCCCGCGGCAGUGGUGAGGUUUGCCUGCCAUGACGACUGUGAUGAAGAGCAAGUGGAGGACACUGUGGCGUUCUCAAAACUCCACAAGCCCGUGCCGUCUUUGGACGAGAAACCCCUUUUCCACAACCACCAGAGUCUGGCCGGUGCUUCCGUGCCAUACGCGCUCUCUGGCGAUGGAGAGAGCAUUCCUUACACGAUCAACCGGUAUCUGCGGGACUAUCAGCGAGAGGGUGCAAAGUUCAUCUACGACAGUUACGCCCGGGGCAGAGGCUGCAUUCUGGGCGAUGACAUGGGUCUUGGGAAAACCGUACAGGUCAUUGCGUUCCUGGCUGCAACACUACAUAAAACAGGGACAUGGCAGGAUGUAGAGAACAAUGUGCCACAUUUCCUACUGUCUCAGAAGUCCACAGAGAGGCAAAAAAGCAAUAAGGUGUUCCUCAUUGUGGCCCCGCUCUCGGUGCUGUACAACUGGAAGGAUGAGCUGGACACCUGGGGCUACUUCCGCAGCAUCAUCGUGCAUGGCACCAGGAAGGAGGAGGAGUUUGCCCGUGUGCGGAGGGGCCGCUGCGAGGUCGCCCUGACCACCUACGAGACCCUGCGGCUCUGCCUGGACCAGUUCAACAGCAUUGACUGGUCUGCAGUCAUCGUGGAUGAGGCGCACAAGAUCAAAAACCCCAACUCGCAGAUCACCCAGGCCAUGAAGGGGAUGAGAUGCAAGGUUCGAGUGGGCCUGACAGGAACCAUCCUGCAAAAUAACCUUGAGGAGCUUUGGUGUGUCAUGGACUGGGCCAUACCCGGCUGUUUGGGCACUUCGGGUCAUUUUAAGAAUCAAUUCGCUGACCCAAUUGAACUUGGGCACAAACACAGCGGAACCAAGAGGAACCUGGCCACAGGCAGGCAGGCAGUGAAGGUGCUGGCCAGGAGGCUCUCUCGCUGGUUCCUGAGGAGGACCAAGGCUCUCAUCAGCAGCCAGCUGCCCAAGAAAGAUGACAGGGUGGUGUACUGCUCAAUGACACCGUUCCAAGAGACGGUGUAUCGCACCGUGCUGGACAGCGAGGACGUCAAUCUGAUCCUCCGCAGCGGACAACGGUGCAGCUGUUCCAGCGGACGACCCAGGAGGAAGUGCUGCUUCAAGAAUAAUUCGAAAGGGGUGCCCGUGAGAUGCCUGUAUUUCAGCUAUCUGACUAUUCUGAGGAAGGUGUCCAACCAUGUGGCCCUGCUUCAGCCCCAAGGGAGCACCAGCAAAAAGCAGGAGGAAUACGUGAACGACAUCUGUGAAAAAGUUUUCCAGAAGUUUCCAGACUUCAUGCAGAGGUGCAAGCAGGCCUCCUUUGAAGCAAUGUCUGACCCCAUUUACAGUGGUAAAAUGAAGGUUCUUCAGAGGCUCCUGAAGCAUUUCCUGCAGCGCAAGGAUAAGGUUCUGCUCUUCUCUUUGUCCACCAAGCUUCUGGACGUCCUGGAGAGCUACUGCAUGGCGGAGGGGGUGGAGUACCGGAGGCUGGAUGGGAACACUAAAUCCAGAGACCGAGUGAAGAUCGUCAAAGAGUUCAACAGCUCGCAGGACAUCAACGUCUGCCUAGUCUCCACAGUGGCCGGUGGGCUCGGUCUGAAUUUUGUUGGGGCAAAUGUUGUGGUGCUCUUCGACCCAACAUGGAACCCGGCCAAUGACCUGCAGGCCAUCGACAGGGCGUACCGCAUUGGUCAGUGCAGAGAUGUAACGGUCUUGAGAUUGAUCUCUCUGGGCAGCGUCGAGGAGGUGAUUUACCUGCGACAGGUCUACAAACAGCAACUGCAGAGCUCAGUGGUUGGGAAUGAGCACGCCAGACGGUACUUUGAGGCCGUGCAGGGAACAGACAACCACAAGGGGGAGCUGUUUGGCAUCCGCAACCUCUUCCGGCUGCAAACCGAAGGCACCUGUCUCACCAGGCAAAUCCUGGAGAGGGAGGGCCGCGUCGAGGCGGGGGUGCUCACGGCCAGCACGUGCGCACACGCGGGGGAUGACAAGACUCGGGAGGGCACACCUGAAGAGCGUUCGGGAAGAGAGCCCACCGGGUCGGGCGUCCUGGACUUCAGCAGCACCAGCGAGGAUGAUGAUGGAGAGGAGUGGGGGGGCGGGAGGAAGAAAAAGCGCGUGUUGGAGGGGCAGGACGAGCUGAGGCCCGGUGGCGCCCCCCCAGGCGGGCGCAGUCUGCUACAUCACGGGUUCUCCAGACUCCUCCAGGCGGGCAGGGCAGACCCGGCAGGGGGCAGUGGCAGCGAGGGGGGGUCCGGGGGGGAGAGCUGCUGGGACUCGGAUGAUGGGAAGGGGGAGAGCACCACCGCCCACAGACCACCCCCCACGGACCCUGAAGCUACAGCAGGCAGGGGGCCUCCUGCCCCCUGUCAGAAGCAAGGCUGGACCAUUUCGAGCAACUCUGAGGGGGAGGUGACUGGGCGAGACCAAGCCAAGCGUGACAUUUCCAGGGAGAUGCCACGCUCCUUAUCUGAGGAGAGCGAUGACAUCGAUGGUGGCCAUCAGGUAGGGCAUGGGAAAUGGAGAGCGAGGAGGAAGAGGAGAGAUCACAGGGGCGUGGCCGCACAAAGAGCAGAGUACGACACCGACGAGUCAGGUGACAUCGAGGUUCAGAAACCUGUCCGUCCAAAACACGUAACGUACGCACCAGAAUCCACCAACGGGACGAAGGGAGCGAGUGGACGCACCCAGGGCUCAGGCAGAAAUGGCAGGAAAUCACCCAACAUUGAGAGCUUCACGUCCUCGGAAGAUGACCUUCCUGCCAAAAAACUGAAAGCCAGCAGGGACCGCAGCACAGGGUCAGUGUACCCAGUGCCUGCUGGGGACAGUGGUGACACUACGCCGGUCAAGUUCACAUCUGUAAAGAAGAGGAGCCUCAAACAACCAUCUAAUGAAAAGGGCCCACCUGUGGAAGACGUGACUGUUGGAACCAUUGACAGAUUAUUAGAUGGAGUGCAGGAGGUGGCGUACAUGCACUCGAACCAGCGUGUUGUGGGUUCGAGCAAGGCGGAAGACCGAAUCAGUCGUGCCGCCCUGCAUGAUGUGUUUGAACGCAGGAAGUACUCACAGCUCCCAGCCAAUCAGAUCUUGGACAGUACAGAGCUUUUAACUGGACACGCUCCGCAGUUCCCUCGCCCUUCUGAGCAGAAGAUGAAAAGGGGGUCUACUGAAGGGGUCGGCUACGGCCCACGUUUGGAACACCCAGUCACCCACACCCUUCGUGCAACCCGCCACUCCCGCAACGCAACUGUGAUCAUGGGGGAGACGCCCAGCGCCAUCCGCAGGAAGCAGCUGGAGGACAUGGCAUCCUUCUUCAAGGCCACGUCGGUUAGAGACUUCGCUGAGGACAUACUCAGGAUGACGUCAGCGUCACGCCUGGCCCAGCUGCGAGAGUUCUACCGCAGCCAGAACGCGGAGCUCAGGGAGAUUCUGCACAAGAUGCUUCCAGAACCAGCGGCACCACAACCUGGCUCAGCAAACCCACGCGGGCAAAAGCCUGCUUCUAAAAGGUGCCCCCCAAUGACCAGGUCUGACCAGAGUCCUGGUCCCUCAGAGCCUACUGAAGUGAAGGGCUGGACAGGGAGAAAGAGGCUGGGCUUUACAUCUCACCGUCCCCGGAGCCCCAAAGACUGGGCAGAGCUGGAUGACAUCAUAGGCCCUGAGCCUGAUGUUGCUCCUGGACCCUCUGCCAAAUCAGACUGGAGAGAAUGCACAGCCCCACCAGAGUCCACCACUGACAGAGGCGCUCCACAGGGAUUGGCUGCCGGUGGAGAGACACGGAUGGAGGGGGAUUCCACAAAAUCCACACCCUUCAGCAGAGUCCUCAGUGAGGAGGGACGCACCCCUAAAUCAGACCUCCUUACCGACCUUAUAGGGGAUACAUCCAUCCUGGACGACCUCUUCAAACCCAGGACCAGGUGCGUGGAUGCCAGGGGCCCGCCCCCAGCAUCUGCCUCAGUGCACAUUGAGAGGGCUAGGAGAAGCAGCAGCAAAGACUUCUGGGAUAUUCUCAAUGAGGGGGACGAGGAGAGCAUCAACAAGCUGACAGAUUUGUCUCGGGUUGAGAUGAUGUGCAGGAGCUCAGGGGUAGAGGAGAAGGCCAAAAACCACAAUGCAAGAAACAGCAGUCAGCUCUGGAAACGGAAUGAAAAAUUCCUAUGGAAGAAAUAGGUGACGAUGCAGGAGUGAGGCCUGGCAGACCCGAGAAAGCGUGGAGCCCUCAAGUGCUGCUGUGAUUGGCUGUAGGGCACAAAGUCUGCUGAAUGGUACAAAUAAGUCCAGACAAUUCAGUAACUGACAGCCCAUGGUACUGUAGAUCCACUGUGUGGUGAACAAAGCGUCAUUCUCUCAUAACACAAAAUAUAAGCCAGCCCCCACCAAAUUCAGUAAUAUGUUCCUCCCAAUAUGUUCUCAUGCAUUAUGGAGCAGUGUGCUACUAUUUUAUACAGCCAGAAACAGAAUGUGAUCAUUUGUUGUUGUAGGGAUAUUUUCAGUAGCAUGUAUAUUUAUGAUAAUUAUUUCCACUGAAACC